AUGCAUGCUACGCCGGGUAGCAGUGCUAAUGGGAAAAGGGCGAGACAAGAAGUUGGGUAUAAUCUCAGCGGCAACAAUAAGGACAUAAUGCCGCCGCCCGCGCAUCACCGGCGGAACUAUCCAGCCGCUGCGCCGAAAGAGGAACCGCCUGCGCGCUUUCCCGCCGUAGCCCCGGCUUCGCGGAAAGGAGCAACGCCGUCGUUCCUGUUGUCAUCGGCCGGCAUGCCUGCGCCUAUGAAGGGGCCGUUUGCGGAAAGCUUCGCUGCCGCUGCCGCUGCCGCCGCCUCCGCGCAUCCCGCAGCUUCCGCCAGCGCCGGUUUUGCGGCGAAAAAGGGAGGCGGAGCUUGCGCGAGCGGCGCUGGCGCAGCCACUGUGGGCGGAAGGGCGGACGGGAUUCCCGCGGGCGGAACGGAGCGCGGAGGCGCGCAUGCUGUGGCGCAGCCGUCCGCGAAUUUCCACGCGUACAAGGCAGAAUUUCAAGGCACCGCUCUGCGCGUUUACGUUCCUAAAGACCUGGGCGGAAGGUGCAUCCGCGAGUGCUUGCGCUUCCAGUUGGGCGGAGAUAAUGGCAUCGGCAAGGCGCUGGAACUUGGCAACAGCCGGUCGUCGUUCAAGGGGAGUCGCGACAAGAUCAAGGAGGGGAAGAAUCUCAUGUCGGUGAUAUCGCUGCGCGAGGCGCUGGGCUUUCUGGACCGCACAACCAAGGACCGCGCGCGCGCGCAGCACAUGAAGCGCUUCAUCCACGACGUCGUCGUCCCCAAACUGGAGCGCGGGGAGCUCCCCCCGUGGGGCGGCGGAACCCAGCGCGCGCCCGACCACCCGGGGCUGGACGAGUUCAUCCGCAAGCUCAUCCUCGCUACAGAGAAACUCGAGUCUUGCUUGCAGCACAAGGAGGUGGCGGGGUACCUGGCGGAGCUGAAGCGCGCCGUGCGCGCCAAGGGGGAGCGGGACGUGCGCGUGGUGCUCGUGGGGGGCGCUGGCGCGGGGAAGAGUCACCUGGGGAACCGACUCGUCUGCCCUGCUGUUGCUGCUGCUGCCGGCAGUGCGCCAGCAGCAGCAGCGCCCACCGCCGCAGCUGCCUCUCCUCCCUUCCCCCACACGCCCUCUGCGUCCUCCGCGCCUGCGCCCGCCAUCACCAUUGCAGUGCGCCGCUUGGAGCACCCGGAUCCCAGCCACCUGCGCGCGUCCCUCCUCCCCCGCUCCCCCGCCGCGUUCGAGGCCCUCGUGACGUCCCUGGUCGACUCUCUCGCGCUCUCUGACCCUGCUGCCGCGGCUGCUGCUGCUGCUCUUGGGAAUACCGGCACCAGCACCGGCACCGGCACUGGCACCGGCGGCAUCGGCAGUGGCAACAGCAGCGCAAACGGCAAUGCAGGCGCCACUCUGAAUGCUGCCUCCUCCCGCGCGGUCCACCACCUCCGCGUGUACCUCCGCGAGUGCUUCGGCUGCGCGGUCGUGGACGGCAGGAUUCGUCUGGUAGCGCCGGAAGUGGUGAAGCUGCCAGAGGUGGUGAUAGGGGGCGUGGUGGGGAAGGCGGAGGUGGAGGCGGCGGAGGGGGGGGUGUUUGGGCGCAUGCAGAUGCUGGCGGGGAGCGUUGCUGCGAGGCUCACAGAGGGGCAGCGCCUGGCUGUGGAGGCGCUGCUGUUGGAGUCGCCGGCUAUUGGGUUGCCUGCUGGUUACACCCUCUUCGAUACGCCCGGCACGCGCAGUGUCGCAGCCUCCCCAGCCCUGCAGCAGCUACUGCAGCGCGCGGACGUCAUUGUGCCCUGCUCCGCGCGCCAGCCACUCUCUGACCGCCUCAUCCGCGCGCUGCUGUGGCCAGGGCUCUUCUUCCGGCCCCGCCCCCCGCUCUUCCUCAUCCCGCUGGACUACUGCACCGUGGGCGCAGGGGGAGGCGGCGCGGGGGGAGGGGCGGGGGGAGGGGCAGGCUGCGGGGAAGAGAGCAGCAACGGGAAGGCAUGGGGCGAAACGGCUGUAUGGCCAGCAGGAAUGGCAGGAAUGAAUGGAUCUGCAGGUAGAUUUGCCCCAUCCCUCGACUUACCCUUCUCUGCUGCCCUCGGUGCCACUGCUGGCGGCAGCGCCGGGAGCAGCACUGGCGGCGGCAGUGGUGGUGGUGGUGGUGGUGGGAGUGGGAGUGGGAGUGGGAAUGGUGGUGGGGUGAGUGCAGGGCCGCAUGCGGACGAGCGGCGAGCGUAUUUCCGUGCGCGGUUUGCGGGUGUGGCGCGGUGUGGGGCGCUAGCACCGUGUGUGGACGUGCACCAGAGGGCGCAGCUCAGCACUCACCUCGCCCACACUCUGCAAGUGCUCCCGCCCGGCGUGCUCUCCUUCCAGGAGCACCCAGUGCUGCAGUCGCAUGUGUUGCAGCAUGACAAUCAGAUGCUGCUGUGGGCCGCCACUACCCUCGCGUUCACUCUCAACGGCCUCCUCACUCGCCACGGGCUGCUGCCCAACCCACACAGCAACGCCCACCUCGGUAGCAACGGCAACGGCAACCCCAACAGCGGCUGCAGCAGCAAGAAUAACAGCACCGGGAGCGGGAACGGCAGCGGGAGUAGCAAUAGCAGUGCCAGUGGCAGUAGCAUCAAGAAGAGCAGCAGUAGUAUUAAUGUGAAAGAGAGCACAGAGAGCAACAAGCUCGGUUGUAACGGCGACAGAUUAACCGACUUGACUAUCGGCAGCAGCAUGCUUCCUCCUCCUCCUCCUCCUCUCUCUCCUUCUCCCCUCCUGUCUCCCUCUGCGCCUCCUGCUUCGUCUGUGCCUUCUCUACCCUCUCUCCCCUCCACGCCUUCCCCGUCGGAAACCUCAUCCGACCUCCCAUGGAAUCUGCUCCUCUCUGCCGCUGCUCACACUCUCUCCCAUGCACCACCGCACCAUGUACCACCGCAUGGUACCGCACCGCACCAUGCACCACUGGUGCAUACUCCAGCGCAAUCAUCUUCGCUCCCGUCUGCUGCGCCUCCAGGAAAGUCUGAACCUCUCUUCUCAUCCCCAUCUUCUCACCAGCUCCUUCCGUUCUUCCUCCCCGGAAGCAGCAACACCACCAACGGCAGCACCAGCACCAGCAGCAGCAGCAAACCCAUCACCACCCCUCCCGCUGGUAGCAGCAGUGCCGCGGCAUUCAGCAGCAUCCCAGGCAGCAGCUGCAGCAACGCCAGCCGCCCCGACGCACUGAGCGCCGCCGCGGCCACCUUUGCAGCGGAAGCCCACUGGGAGCACGUGCGCUUCAAGAGCGAGCAGUGCUUCCUCUCCGCCUUCCGGGAGGAAAUCAACCAGCAGCUGGACGCGCUACGCUGCGAGGUGCAGGAUUACCUGGAGACGUGCGCGUGGGCGAGUGAUGGGAGCGAGCGGUGGUGGCGGAGAAUGGUGGCGUUUGUGGUGGGGGCGCUGCGGCAGUCGUUUGAAGGGCUGGGGGAUGUGGCAUGUGCGCUGAUGCUGGACGAGCAGGAGGCGGCCAUUGCCAUGCUCGCGUCCUCCUCUUCGCAUCCCUGCCCAGCAGCACCCCCAUCACUACCACCCUCUCCGCAGGAGGGGCAGGAUGAGCAGGAGGAGCGGGGGCAGCAGCAGGGGCAGCAGCAGGGGCAGCAGGCGGAGCAAGUGGAGCAGGAGGAGGAAGGGGACAUGCUUCUGAGCAUAUCGAGCAGCUUUGUGGUAGCAUCUGAGACGGCCCUAGACAAGCUGUGGUCUGUGCACCGCUCCUUAGGCCUAGAAGCCGCACUCUCCCUCCUCUCCCCGCACCACUUUCCCUCGUCCCGGCGCCUGGGGGACGAUGGGGAUGCGUGGGCGGGGGGGAGGGACGGAGGUGGAAGAGCCACGGGGAGGGCUGGUGCAGGGGGGAGUGUGGCAGGGGGUGGUGGGAAGGGGAAAGGGGUGGAUAAGGGGAAGGCGCGUGUGGAAGAGGAGGGGGCGGCUGGGUGGGCGGGUGUGGGGAGAGGCAUGGGCGAGGGGGUUGGGUGGAACCGCGCUGGGUCUGCUUGUGCUGGUGGUUUGGAUUGGGCCGAGAUGGUGGGAGCGAGUGUUGGGACAACAGCAGCAGGAGCAGGAGCAGCAGGAGGAGGAGCAGGAGAGAAAGGAGAAGGGGAAAGAGAGAUGGGCGCAAAAGUGCAAAGGAUGGGUGGAAUGGGAGGAAUCGGGGGAGCAGGGGAUGUGGGGGCAGUAGAGGGAGUGUUGCAUGGCAUGGUUCGACAAGAGCUGGAGCAGGCAUGGCGGCACCACAUGGCUCGCUCCAUAGAUGCCUCAGCAGCAGCGGACUUUGCGCAGGAGAGCACAGUGCGUCUCUUUGAUGCGCCCACCAGCGUUGCCAUGCGUCUGCGCCACUGGGCGCACCACACCAUGGCCCCGCAGGCCCUCUCCCUCGCCCUGCACGUCCUGCAUCCCCUCGCCUCCUCCUCCUGCCUCCCAACGUCGUUUUCCGCUUUGCCUAGUCCUGCCCCUGCUGCGGCUGCGGCUGCGGCUGCUUUGCUCUCUGCCGCAGCUGGUGCGGCUGGUGAGACUGCUGCUGGAAAUGCCAACGCUGCUGCUCCUCCUCCUGCUGCUGCCGCUGCCACACCUUUUCCGUGGUUGACUAAGGGGCAAGCCACAAGUGCUGUUGGUCCCUGUGGGCUUGCACUUGCCUCUCACCCACCUGCUUCACUUCUAGACGCUGGAUCAGCAGCAGCAGCAGCAGCAGCAGCAGCAGGGGGUGCAGUGGCGGCAGGGUUGGCAGCAGCAGCAGCAGCAGCAGCAGCAGCAGCAGAUAGCCCUAGGAAGCACCACCUCCCGUUCUUUCCAGGCCUGACGAACGAUGCAGCUCCUGCUCUGGCAGUUCCUUCGUCCACUGUUGCUGCUUCUGCUGCCGCUUCUGCUGCUGCUGCUGCAGCUGCUCCAGGCAUGCGUGUGGGGCGAGUGGUAACAGGGGAGGAGGUGAAGGCGAGGAAGGGGGGCCUGGAGGUGGCAAAAGCAGCAGUGGCAGUGAGAGAAGUGGCGCUAGGGCUGUUGGUACUGUCCAAGGAUAUACUCAAUCCCACCCUCACCAUUCCCUGCAGACCCAUACCUUCUGUGCGCAAGCUUCCACCUCCCCCAGUCCUGCCCGGCCGCCACCCAACAUCGGAUGCCAUCACUAUCAACUACACCACUCCACCCUCCGCUGGGAUAAGCAGUCUCGCACCCACCGGGCUAGGAACCGGCACAAACCAUAGCUUAACCGCUGCCACUAAUGCUGCAAUAACCAACAACAGUGGCGCCUUAGCUUCAUUUCCGGGUGGGUCAGGCUCAGGAGAAGCACCAGGCGCAUGGUCAGGGUCAGGGGCAGCACCGGCCGCGCGCAUCGACAACGCUGCUUGCUCUGUCCGCGCCACUGUCGCCGCCACCGCCGCGGCUGCCACCGCCGCGGCUGCCGCAGCCGCGGCUGCUGCUGCCCGUGCCUCUCAAGGCCUGCCCCCCAGCCGUCUUCCUGACUCCGGCCCCCCCUUACUCCACCGAAAACUAAAACAAGUUCCUUUGCAGGCCCGACCAGGGCCGGAGAUCAUCUGGGUGACUGAUCUAACAGGCGGGCCGGGAGGCGAGCGGGAUGUGAAGUCGCCGUAUUCAUGGCUGGAGUUCACGCGGAGUCCGGCGAGGGCGCGGGCGAUAAGAGUGGGGCAGUGGGCGGACAUCUUCCUGAACCACUACGAGCAUGUGUGCAAGCAUGCCACGAACGUUGUUGAACAGAUCUGCCCCCCCAUGUUCUUCAUUUCCAAGGACCCCUUCUCCCCUGCUGCUCUCCGCACCUACGACCUCCUCUCUGCCUCCUCCUCUUCCUCCUCCUCCUCAUCCACCCCACCCGUACCCUUCACUCGCACACCCCACCCGGGAGCCUCUCUCUCUCCACCCGCCUCCGCCAGCAUAGCUGCCCGCACUGCUUCCGCUGCCACUCCCGCUACCACAGGAGCCACUUCCAGCCACAGCACCGCACCAUCACCAUCCCCAUCACCAUCACCAGCACCACUAUCACUGGCAUCACCAGCGGAGCCGUUCCUGUACUCCUUCCUGGUGGUGGAGCGGCGGCACAUGCUAGAGGUGGCGCCAGAGGUGGCUGCGCGCCUGCCGUGGCACAUGUGGCCUGUCGUUGUUCCGGAUCACUCGCACCCUGCAGAGCUCUGCGAGGCCGCCAAGCUUGUUGCAGAGUCCAUGCUCGGCAUGGGGCCCAAGUCGUACGCGCUCAUCCCCUCACACACACGCUUCUACGAGUUCAUCUCAUUGCCCUCCCUCUCAACACCAUCACCAACACCAUCAUCAUCCCAGCAACAACAACACCACCAACACCAGCUGCACCAGCAGCAGCAGGUGGAAUCCGUGGCACCAAGAGCCCUGCAGUUUGCACAGGCUGUACUAGCAGCGGAACGAGCCGCCAGCCACCGCUCCCUGCAGCACCACAUGGGAGCACGCGAGUUCAAAACCAGCCUGGUAGCACUAGCCAUGGAGGAUGCGCAUGGGACCGUGGAGGGGCGCAUGGCUUUCCAUCGGUUCAACGUGGGGUAUGAUGCGGCUCUUGGGUCGAUUGCACAAGGGGGAAGAGGAGGAGGAAGGGGUGGAGGAGGUGAGAGUGGUGGUGCUGCUGUGUCGGCGGCAGCGCUGCAGAUCAAGAUAGAGGAGCUGUUUGAUCCUCUCCUGCCUACUGUGAAGGAGCGGCUAGAGGAGCUCCUGGAAGACGUGCACGCAGUGGCAGCCGUCUCUCUCUCUCACGGUGCCUACGCCCGUCAGCGCCACCUCCUGCUGCGCGUGCACGCAGCCAACUAUGAGGCCGGGGGCCCCCCGUCCUCGCUCAUAACUCUCAACGACAUCGAGUCGCAGCGCCCCUUCUCCUACUGCGGCCCCAGCAGGGUGCUAGACGAGGUGCUGGUGCCGCACGUGUGCUCCGAGGAGGAGUUUUUGCAGCAGUGGAGAGCGGUGCAGAAGAUUUUCUUUUUGCAGCUGCUGGAGUGUGGGAGGAGGGUGCUGUGGACGCCGCAGUUCCAUGCCGUGGAUGUCCCCCCGGGGUCCGUGCGGCCGAGUAAAGGGGCUCGCUAA